UGAAUAGUAAGAAUAAAACAAUAAUUAUUGACAGGAGAGAUUUGAACUCCCUUUACUUCCUGCGGCCCUGAUAAACCCAGUCGGUCACGUGACGUGCCGAAGCAGCGCGUGUCGUUAGAAACAACAAGCCGGCUCUAAGUUUGACAGCUGUUACCACCUGCUAGUGGCUGCAACUAAAUACCCAACAACUAGCAUUUCUCCUGUUCAUAUUGCUUCAUCGGAUGUUAUCUGUGACACGGCGUUUAUUCCAGGUGCUCAGUCGCUCAGAAUGUCAACUGGGGAAACGGAAAAAACGACAGUUUACAUUAGUCCGGAUGACGAGGACUGGCUUUACGGAGACAACAACAACGAUGUGGACGAUGACGUUGGUGAUGAUGACGAUAAGAAGACAGAGACUGAAAUUUUCAGUGCUCUGGUUGGAGAUGUGGAAGGAGAUGGAGCGGAUAAUCAGGAUGUCGAAGCAGGCGGCGAGACGGAAAGUGACGACAACUUGCGUGUUACCAUCGGCAGCAUCAAAACAGAUACGAUCCAGAGCACUAACACGACUGUCAAUCUCAAGAACUCAGACAUAACCACAGUGUCAGGCACCAAGGUCAGAGGGGUGACUCUGGUUGUAUUGGACAGCAACACUGGUACUCCAGCACUGGGGGUAAAUGAAGAGCUAGAGGAGAAGCCUUGGAGAAAACCAGGUGCAGACCUGUCAGACUAUUUCAACUACGGCUUCAACGAGGACACCUGGAAGUCAUAUUGUGACAAACACAGGAGACUGCGCAUGAGCCUAGAGUUCAUGAAGUUAGGGUCAUCUGCCAAAAACACGGAUACUCACAAUGCGCUCCUCUCUAAAUCAGAUUGCUCCUCCGGGAAGUUGAAAAGCACCAUCGAUGUAAUCGAAGGGCAAGCAGAGACCAUCAUUCGCGUGGAAGGGCGAAGAAAUCACAGUACAGAUGGAAGCAUAACGCAGGUGCAGUCUUCUUCCGAACAGCCCGUGCAUGCUGAGCCGCUAUCCACUAACUUGCCUCCUUUUUUCCCCCCCAUCAUUCCUCCUCCACCUUUUCCUCUUCUCUCCAUCAGCAGCACUCCUCCUUUUGUACAACAGCUCCCACGACCGUCUAUGAGUGUGCCACCACCCGGUUUUCCACUCCCUCCUGAAGUUCCUUUUACAUCAAGCAGUGGCCGGUCGGGAGGAAGCUACGAUGUCCGCUGUGCCCCGCCGUAUCCCUUCGCUGCAGGUGUGUAUCCACACACUCCGAGGCACAUGACCCCAUGGCCGGGCUUGAGCGAGCAUGCAAAAGCGUGGAAUUAUUCCAGCUGCCAGGACACAGACAGAGACCGAGGGAAGGACAGAGAGAAGACUCGGGAACGAGAGGCCAAGACCGAGCAGGAGAAAGAGCGCGAUCAGGAGAACACGCCCUCGUCUCAGAGCCGCAGCAGUGACCGAGAGCGUGCCUCACGUCACAGGGACCACAGCGAGCGCGAGAGAGCAAGACAUCGGGAGCACGAUAGAGAAGGGAGAGAAAGAGAAGAGCGGCAUCGUGACAGGAGACACAGGGACCGCAACGAGAGACACAAAUCCUCACGCAGCAGCAGUCGGAGAAGCGAUGACGGAGACAGCCACAGGAGACACCGGUACAAGCGCUCCAAACACAACAAGGACAAGACAGACAGCGAGUCCACUGACUGAGGGUCUCCCCGACCACCUUAAAGCCGCUCAGGAUUCUGCAGCUGGACACCAGCAGCAUCGCCCCUUUAUUUGCCCCACGUUAAGGCCGCUCAGCAUUCUGCAGCUGGACACCAGUAGCAUCGCCCCUUUAUUUGCCCCAUGUUAAAGUCGCUCAGCAUUGUGCAGCUGGACACCAGCAGCAUCGCCCCUUUAUUUGCCCCACGUUAAGGCCACUCAGCAUUUUGCAGCUGGACACCAGCAGCAUUGCCCCUUUAUUUGCCCCACGUUAAGGCCGCUCAGCAUUGUGCAGCUGGACACCAGCAGCAACGCCCCUUUAUUUGCCCCACGUUAAGGCCGCUCAGCAUUCUGCAGCUGGACACCAGCAGCAACGCCCCUUUAUUUGCCCCACGUUAAGGCCGAGCUUGUUAAGAGCUGAUUUCUUUUCAUUUUAUGCUGAGAUGUGAACUGCUUUAACAAAACUCAGUUAUUAUCCAGGUUCUGAUGAGACCAAAGACAAUGAACACAAACGUUGUUGUUUUGUUGUUGUUUUGUUGUUGUUUUUUUAUCUUAGGCUAAUUUAUUCUAAUGAUUUGUUUAGGAAAACAAAAACAUUUAGGAUUGUUAAGCAGGAAUGAAUUUUAUUUGUGUUGUGUUGUGCCAGAGCCUGCUUUUGUUUGCAGUGUGGAAACAUUAUUAUAAAUUAUUUGGUAAAGCA